AUGCGUUCUGAAUCCAGCUUUUGGAUUUGGGUAACCCUUGUGCCCUUCGUUGUUGCACAAAUUUCGUCGCCUGCUUCUAGCAUUGCAGAUCCUGCACCAACCUCUUCGGAUGUCAGCUCCGCCGUUUCUAGCUCGGCUGCAACGCAAUCUACAGCACUCCCAGCGGACCCCGGCUCGACUUUUGUUCCCUUCUCCAUCCCAUCUGAUGCGCCUCUCCCGAUCUACCCCGCUACUGAUCCUCUCCGUCCACCCGAGGUAGGGAGCCAGUCCGUCCCCAAUUUCGGCCCCGCUUGGGCGGCUGCAUGGCAGAAGGCGAAGGAAAAAAUCGCCGAAUUCACGCUCGAGGAGAAGGUCAGCGUUGCGACAGGGACUCUAUGGCAGAGAGGUCGUUGCGUGGGAAACAUCGCCCCGGUUGAACCUGUGGAUGGACGCGGAUGGAAGGGGCUCUGUCUUCAGGACGGUCCUCUGGGUGUCCGACCUGGCGACUACAUCACCGGUUUCCCUACAGGCAUCAACGCUGCUGCAACCUUUAAUCGGAGAUUCAUGCGUCUCCGUGGCCUCGCCAUGGGACGCGAGUUUGUUGGCAAGGGCAUCAACAUUGCCUUGAGCCCAAUGAUGAACAUGGGACGCGUCGCGGGGGCAGGAAGGAACUGGGAAGGCUUCGGCGGAGACCCCUUCCUCACCGGAGAGGCUGCCUACGAAACGAUUUUGGGCCUGCAAGAAGGAGGGAUCAUCGCUUGUGCUAAGCAUUUGGUCGCAAAUGAGCAAGAGCACAAGCGGACGACGUCGACUUCAGAUAUAGAUGACCGGACGAUGCACGAGAUAUAUGCCCACCCUUUCCUGAGAAGCGUUAUGGCGGGCGUGGGGAGCAUGAUGUGCAGUUAUAAUCAAGUGAAUGGAACUUAUGCGUGUGAUAACGACAAGGUUAUGAACGAUAUCGUGAAGAGAGAGUAUGGGUUUCAAGGGUUUAUCAUGACUGACUGGUUUGCCGACCACAACACCGUAUCCGUCUCGCACGGUCUGGAUAUGUCGAUGCCUGGUAAUUCGCGUGGGGACACUGGACAGGUACCGUUUGGUGCUAGCCUCGUUGAGGCCGUCCGAAAUGGUGAGGUUCCCGAGGGUCGAGUUGACGACAUGGCCAUCCGUAUUAUUGCUUCAUGGUAUCUCCUCCAUCAAGAUGAUCCAUCUUAUCCUCCUGUUAGUUUCAGCUCCUACGCCCCCGAUGACGAUGCAACAAAUCUACGUGUUGACGUCCAAGACGACCACCACAAGGUCGUCCGUGAGAUUGGCGCGGCCAGCGCGGUCCUUCUCAAGAACGUGAACGGCGCCCUACCCCUUGGGAAGAAGAACAGAAACAUUGCGCUCAUCGGAACCGGUGCUGGUGGUGGCCGCGCCGGGCCAAACCAGUUCAACAAUAAAGCGGGCAGUGAUGGUGUCAUCACUAUGGGUUGGGGUUCUGGUGCGGCUAACUUGUCGUAUGUCUCCAUCCCCCUCGAUGCCAUUCAGCGCGAGGCAAGGAAGUUCCGCACGAGUGUCGACUAUUACUUGGACGACUGGAACCUUGCUGGCGCGAGUGUAAUCGCGAGGAAGAGGUCCGCCGCCCUCGUCUUUGUCACUGCCGACAGCGGAGAGGGUACAAACGGCGAUAGGCUCAAUUUGACUACCUGGUAUAACGGCGAAGCGCUCAUUGCCGCAGUAGCUGCAAAUAAUAACAACACAAUUGUCGUCGUCAACAGCGUUGGUCCUCUUAUCGUCGAAGAUUGGAUUGACCAUCCCAACGUGACUGCCGUCCUCUGGGCAGGUGUUCCUGGACAGGAAGUAGGAAACUCGAUUGUUGACGUUCUUUACGGAGCGUAUAACCCUUCUGGCCGCCUUCCAUACACGAUCGCGAAGAAGCCAGAGGAGUACGGGGCCCAGCUCGCCCUUGGAGGCGGCGACACCGACAUCCUGAGCAUCCGAUAUGACGAUCGCUUGGAGAUUGACUACCGCCACUUUGAUGCCAAUAACAUAGCGCCGCGCUUCGAAUUUGGAUUUGGCUUGAGCUACACCAAGUUCUCUUAUGGUAGCCUGCUCCUCAAUAAGAUUAACAACGCUGUCAGUGCGGCCGAGCAGCCUCUAGUCGCUGCGUGGGAGAAAGGAGAGGCAACACCUGUUGCUGUUGGGUCUUCAAGAGCUGCGUGGUUACAUGUCCCCGCCUACCGAGCAACGUUCUCCGUUCGCAACACCGGCUCUGUCGCUGGUAGUGAGAUCCCGCAACUAUACCUCCACUUCCCUACUUCCGCCGGCGAGCCACCGUCUGUUCUCAGAGGGUUCACCGACGUUGAACUCCGCCCUGGCGAGCAGAAGACUGUCACGAUAACGCUUUCUCGCUAUGACCUCUCGGUUUGGGAUACAGAAAGGCAGGGGUGGAGGAAACCCGAAGGAGAGUUUGGUGUCACUGUCGGUGCCAGCAGCCGCGAUGCUCGCUUGAAGGGCUCCGUCCCGUUGUAA